AUGAGCAAAGAGGAGCUGCAAAGUUCUCUUAAGGCUCUUGAGCAAACGAUGAAGGAGAGGAAUAACGAUAAGGAAAAGGCGGACAUAGCUUUGCAAGCUCGUUUCAAUGAGAAGGGGAGGAAGGAUUGGUUUGUCAAAAUCUAUCGUGCCAUGAAGAAAGAAGUAAAGUUUGUGAAUGACACCACUCUAAUGGCCGAAGGUAUUAGUGAUGUUUUGAUAAUGAGAAGGGAUGGUGGAAAUUCCUUUAUCAAAGAUGUCUUGUAUAUUCUGGGAAUUAAAUGUAACUUUUUAAGCAUUGGCCAAUUGCUUGAGAAGGGGCACAAGACUCAUAUGGAAAACAAGGGACUGGGCAUUUUGGAUGCAUAG